AUGUCUUUAGCACCUGUACAAAUUUUUCAAGAUGAGGCUACAGAAGAGCGUGCGGAAAAUGCGCGUUUGUCAUCUUUUAUUGGUGCUAUUGCUGUUGGUGAUCUAGUGAAAAGUGAUAUAAUGGUAACAAAUGAUGGCGCUACAAUUCUUAAAAGUAUUGCACUUGAUAAUGCUGCAGCAAAGGUUCUUGUCAACAUAUCAAAAGUUCAAGAUGAUGAAGUAGGUGACGGUACAACUUCAGUAUGUGUUCUUGCUGCAGAAUUACUAAGAGAAGCAGAAAAGCUUGUAAAUCAAAAAAUUCAUCCUCAAACAAUCAUUGAAGGAUAUCGUAUUGCAAGUGCAGCUUCACUUAAGGCAUUAGAAGAUUCUGCAAUUGAUAACGGUUCUAAUCCUGAAGCUUUCAAAAAAGAUUUAAUCAAUAUCGCACGUACAACUUUAAGUUCCAAAGUUUUGUCACAGGAUAAAGGAUACUUUUCUAACCUUGCUGUAGAUGCAGUUUUGAGGCUUAAGGGUAGUACAAAUUUGGAGAAUAUACAGAUAAUUAAGAAAGCUGGUGGAUUUAUUUUGGAUAAAAAAAUCGGUGUUAAUCAACCAAAAAGGAUUGAAAAUGCUAAAAUUUUGGUUGCAAAUACACCAAUGGACACCGAUAAAAUUAAAAUAUUUGGAGCACGUGUUAGGGUUGAUGCUACAGGAAAAUUAGCAGAAUUAGAAAGAGCUGAACGAGUAAAUUACAAUUUUCAAAGCAUAAAUCUCGAAAAAGUUGAAAAAAUCAAAUCACAUGGCAUUAAUUGUUUUGUAAAUCGUCAAUUAAUUUACAAUUGGCCUGAGCAAUUAUUUGCUGAUGCUGGUAUUAUGUCAAUCGAACAUGCAGACUUUGAUGGUGUUGAAAGAUUAGCUUUAGUGACUGGUGGUGAAAUUGCAUCAACAUUUGAUCAUCCCGAACUUGUAAAACUUGGACACUGUGAUCUUAUCGAAGAAGUCAUUAUUGGUGAAGAUAAGUUGCUUAAAUUUUCCGGAGUAGCUGCUGGAGAAGCUUGUACAAUCGUAUUGAGAGGUGCAACGAAUCAAUUGUUGGAUGAAGCUGAACGUUCAUUACAUGAUGCAUUAAGUGUUUUGACACAAACAGUCAAGGAGACACGUACUGCUCUUGGUGGUGGUUGUGCAGAAAUGUUAAUGUCUAAAGCUGUUGAUGAAGCUGCAGCAAAAACAGCUGGUAAAAAAGCUCUUGCUAUUGAAUCUUUUGCAAAAGCUUUGAGACAAAUACCAACCAUUUUAGCUGAUAAUGCUGGUUAUGAUAGUGCAGAUUUGGUAUCUAGGUUACGUGCAGCUCAUUAUGAAGGAAAAUCAACAUAUGGAUUAGAUAUGAUAAAUAAUAAUAUUGGUGAUAUGGCAGAGCUUGGGAUUACUGAAUCAUUUAAACUUAAAUAUCAAGUAUUGAUCAGUGCUUCAGAAGCUGCAGAAAUGAUUUUACGUGUGGAUGAUAUUAUACGUUGUGCUCCAAGCAACAAAUGCUAA